AUGGAGGUCCCUGGUAGAACACAGGACAGCUCACCCAAAGAUAGUGCAAGGAAGUCUUUGAGUAGACAAAGAACAAUAUUUUGUCAACCAUGUAGUAGUGAUGGCGAUACGAUGGUUGCCAUUGGAUACUGUCAAAAUUGUAACGAGUAUUUAUGUGCAGUGUGUCUAAAAGUCCACCGCAAGCAAGCUGUGUCAAGAAAUCAUAUUAUUCUGGAUGGUGACAAUAUGCCUAAAGUAACACUUCCGACUGUAACCCCAAACGCUUGUUCUGAUAUAUGUACCAAACACGAAAAUGAAAUAAUAAAAUAUUUUUGCAUGUCACAUGAUGCAGUGGGAUGUGGAGAUUGUAUGAUCAUUGAUCAUAAAUCCUGUAAAGUUGAUCGUAUACAAGAUAUAUCUACAGAAUAUUUCAAUGGCACUGAGCACCAAAAUAUCCUAAAGAAGGUAGAGCAGUUUGUAAAAGAUAUGGAUGAAAUAAAAAGGGAGCUACAAGCCAGUGAAGGAAACAUGAGACAAGCCUAUACACAAGCAAUUAAAGAUGUCAAAGCAUUCAAGAAAGAAAUCAUCGAUUAUCUUAACAAGGCAGAAAGUGAAAUGCUUGAAAUGAUAAACGAAAGGAAAAAGAAGAAUGAAAUGCUGAUACAGGAACUACAGCAAGCAGAAAGUAGUAUUGGUAGAAAUAUUAGAGAAAUACAGACGAAAUUACAGCUACAGGUAAACCAAGCGAAUGAUUUGUUUGUUGAGGCAAAACAAGUAAAAGCAAAACUUGACGUUAUUGACGAAAAUCUGAAUAGGUUGAAAAAAGACAUCAGCAUUGAUGUAUAUACGUUUCAACAUUCUUCUUCCAUGGAGCAAAUGGUCAAGGCUUGUGUACCGCUCGGUGACAUAGUUGAUGGAUCAAAGCAAAAGAUCGAAAACAGGGCAUCAAAACACGAUUGUCUUGUUUCUGGCAAAGAAGUAACAGAUCACACUGGUUUAGACAGGAAGAGUAUUUCUGAAAUGGAUGCUUAUUUUGAUUGUGAGAUUAACAUUAAAACACAAGAUGAUGCUUCAGAUUGCUUUAUUGGAAAGUGUGCACUGAUUUGCCCAAGUCAGAUUAUAGUCGCUGAUGAGAAAAAUAAAUGUGUGAAAUUAGUUGAUGUCAAUAACAAAGAAGUUUCGAAGUACAAUCUUAAGUAUAGUCCCACUGGUGUAGCAGUAGUAAAUCCCAAUCGGGUUGCUGUGACAUUUCCUGGUGAUAGGAAGAUACAAUUUCUCACAAUAACAGCAGGAAAUAAAAUCAUUGAAAGUGAUAUGAUCAAUGUCCAUACAAGUUGUAAGAAAAUUGCAAUCCAUGAAGAUAAGAUUAUUGGUAUAACCGACACGAGUGUUGAGAUUAUGAGCAUGAGCGGACAACUGAUAAAAUCUUUAUCUCAUCCAAAUAUGAAAUGGUUAAUUGAUAUUGCUGUCAUACCAAGCUCACAAAUCUUUUAUGUCAGUAAUUCACUUAAGUGUUUUGAUGUUUUCAAGUUCGAUUUUGAUGGCAAUCUGAUAGCAACAUACAAGGACAAGGAUCUGGUAGAUGUGAGAGGAUUAGAAGUAACAAGAGACGGUACAGUGCUUGUGUGUAACUGGACUAAAUAUGGCAGUAUCCAUAUGAUUACUCCUGACUGUAAAAAGAUCAAAGAACUCUUGAAGGAUGACAGACAUGUUAGAUAUCCAUGGUGUGUUACGUUCUGUAAUGAAACAAAUAAACUUUUUAUUGUAAACAAUGUGAGUAACCUUGACAAGAAGUUCAAAAACGUUUUGAAAGUUUUUCAAUUAAGGUAG